AUGGCAACAGAUGGCUCGAAAAACGGCAACAGAUCACAAUUGCUUUACACAACAAUCUUUCUCAUUCUCUUCUUCGUUUGCCUCAAUACCCAAUUCAAUUUCUUCACGUUUUCUUCUCUAAAAACCUAUUUAAUCUCUCCCUCUCCGGCGCCACCACCGCUGCCGCUGUCCACCAGCCAUUUGAUCAAGAAGGAUGAAACUGUGGAGGAACGAUUGGCUAGGGCUCGUUUUGCCAUAUUAGAAGCCGGUAGAAUGAAGCGAUAUAAGAUGCCAUGGCGGUUUAAUGACCGGAGUUUUACUCCGAGAGGAUCCGUUUACAGAAACCCUUACGCUUUUCAUCAGAGCCACAUAGAGAUGGAGAAGAGUUUCAAAGUAUGGGCAUACAAGGAAGGAGAACUUCCCAUUUUCCAUGGAGGACCUAUGAACAAUAUAUACUCCAGCGAAGGCCAAAUCAUGGACGAAAUCGAGAGCCAAAAAAGCAGAUUUCUUGCUCAAAACCCUGAAGAAGCCCUUGUGUUCUUCCUCCCUGUCAGCGUGGUUUCCAUUCGACAUUAUCUUUACAGAUCUCAUGCUGAUUAUGAUCGUCGAAUUAUCCAGGAUGUUGUUACUGAUUACAUUGGGGUGUUGUCACACAAGUACCCUUAUUGGAAUAGAAGCAGUGGAGCUGAUCACUUCUUCGUUAGCUGUCAUGAUUGGGCACCAGAUGUUACAGCGACGAACCCUAAAUUGUAUGAACACUUCAUUCGUGUCCUUUGCAAUGCCAAUAGUUCUGAAGGUUUUCGGCCAGAAAGAGACGUCUCCUUGCCGGAGCUCAACAUUCCUUACGAACACCUAGGGCCACCCCUCAUCGGACAACCCCCUGAAAACCGUUCCAUCCUUGCAUUUUUUGCAGGUGGCAACCAUGGACAAGUAAGAAAAUAUUUGUUUGAAAUUUGGGAUGGAAAAGAUGAGGAGAUUCAAGUCUUCAAAUACCUCCCAAAAACGCUAAAUUACUCGGAAUUAAUGGGAAGAGCAAAGUUUUGCUUAUGCCCUAGUGGAUGGGAAGUAGCAAGCCCUAGAAUAGUUGAAUCGAUCUCAUCAGGUUGUGUUCCGGUGAUCGUUUCUGACCAUUAUGUGUUACCAUUCAGUGACGUUCUUGACUGGAGCAAGUUUUCUGUUCAUGUUCCGGUGAAAAAGAUACCGGAAAUCAAGAAAAUCUUGGAAGGGGUUGGGAUAGAUGAGUACAUUAAAAUGCAGAAAAUGGUGAUGAAGGUGCAAAGACAUUUUAUAAUUCAUAGACCAUCGAGAGCAUAUGAUUUGAUAGACAUGGUGCUUCAUUCGGUUUGGUUAAGAAGGCUCAAUGUAAAACUCUCUUAG